AUGAAUCUUCUUGGUGGAACAAUCUAUGGUUUUCCGGCUAUUUUUAAAGUUUUAUCAAGAAAUAAAAUUUAUCAAAAUUUAUGUCCAUCAUCAACAACAGAUAAAUGUUUAGAACAACUUCAACAAUUUCAAAAUGGAUUGACAUUAGGUAUUGCUUUUUUUGAUUUACCAGCAUUUGUUAUUGGAGUUCUUAUUGAUAAAUUUGGUUGUCGUUUUGUGAAACUAAUUUCAAUAAUAUUUCAUAUAAUUGGAUGGUUAUCAUUGGCAUUAUUACAACCAGGUCGAGAUUAUUUAUUAUAUAUUCAUUGUGUAUUUUCAUCAAUAAGUGGAAUUGUAAUUGUCAUAACAACUUAUGCAUCAUCAAAUUAUUUUUCAAAAUCUCGUGCAUUUGUAGCAUCUUUAUUAGCAGGUGCUGGAAUUUCAUCAACAAUGUGGUUUUCAGUAUUUCAAGUCCUCGUUGAUAAUAAAAGAUUGGAACUAAGUCAUUUAGCCUAUAUUUGGUUAGCAUUUGGUUUAUUAAUGUUUAUAACAUCAUUUUGCUUUCUUGAUUGGAAAUAUUCUUUUCUUAAUUUACCAUAUAAAUUUGAUGUUCAACUUGAAUUAACAGAUGAAAAUGAAUUAGAUAGAAGUUCUUUUUGGGAACAUUUUCGAAGUCCAUUAUAUAUUUUAGUUGUUUUAUUUUUAAGUAUUCUUUUAAUUCCAAGUGUAUUUCUUGCUGUUGUUUGGGAACCAUCUAUUACAUUUAUUACAGGAGAAGAUAAAUCAUUAGCAAAUAAAUAUACAUUUGCAUACAAUGUUUCAACAUUAUUUUCAAUAAUAAUUUGUCCAAUAAAUGGAUUUUUACUUGGAUUUAAAGCUGAUAAAAGUAAAAAACAAAAAUUAUUAAAUAUUUCACUUGUUCAAACAAUUUCAUGGUUAUUAAAUGUUACUCUAUGUAUUAUUCCAAUGUUUUUAUCACCAAAUAUAAUUAUUCCUUUAUUAAUAAUAAAUUGUUUAUCACGAGCAACAAUCGUUGCUGGAUGUCAAGCUGUUAUAUCAACAUUUUUUCCAUCUGCAUAUAUUGGUCGAUUAACUGGAAUAAUGUGGACAAUUGUUGGAGCCAUUACUUUUAUUCAAUUUGCACUUGUUAAAUUAACUAAUCCAAUUACAAUAGCAUGGAGAGCAUGGCUAAUUGUAUUAGCAUUAGUUGUAUUAAUGUCAUCUCAUUUAAUUCAAAUAUGGAUUAAAUAUUUUAAAGAAAGAAAAAAAGAAUUAAAUAAUUUUUUUGUAACAAAUACAAGAUUUUGA